AGCUGCAGUCGCACAUCAUACCAGAUGAAGUAGUAUUAAAGCGCGUGUCAUUCGAGAUCAAAUUGUUUAUUCAGGUCGUAGUCGUACUAAAUUCUAUUCGUCUCUUCCAGCACAUGGUCUAAGUAUAUUCAAUCUGGAUCGAAAUUCGUCUAAAUCCACAACAUAUACUACGUUUUGGUAAAAACAAGAGUUUUGAAGAUCUCAUCCAACCUGCACCUAGCCACCUACAAACCAGAAAUGGGCGCUCCAGCAUCAGCAACUUCUGCUUCCUCUGCUGAGGGCUUCAAGCCCUCAUCACGUGGUGUCUUGAUUAUGACCAUCAUGGGGGGUCUCGUAUCCAUGUGGCUUUCUACGAUGUACAACAUCCCUGCCCUCGAAGGAGAGAUGGUGCAGGCAGCUGGCGGCUCCGGCAUAGAUCCCGCAAUGAAAACUUUAAGAUGA